AUUUAUGAAGGUGCGUUUUCAGUUUUUUCCUGAAAAAAUAAUUAUCGUAGAAUGAAGGUGUAGAGAAACUUUGUUCGUUCUCAACUUCUCAUAGCUCACAGUUUCAAAAAAAAAAAAAAAAUUUCUCAUAGCUCGGAAGCUUAAUCAUGCGUUUAGAUUCUGCGUGUAUUUAUAUUGAGAUUUUCAGAAAUACUGUUUCAUUGAGAUCCAUAUCAUUUUGAGGUUUAGCAAGAUGUUUUUUUGCUCCUUCAAUUUACCAAAAAAAAGGAUGAAGUUCGAAGUUGCUAGUUCUCAGAAAAUUCUCAUCAGCAAAAAAUUUCACUUGUUGCAGUUUCAAUUCGAUUCCACUGUCCAGAGCCCCAAAACUGAAUUCUCCUCUUUGAUUUCUCAAAAACCCACAAGAGUAAAAUGUAAUCUUUGCUCAGUUUAGCCUGCCCUGAGUUGAUUCUCCGGCUGGGCUUGUGAGUUUGAAAUUCGAAUUACCCGACAGUGACUCAGAUUACUAGCGCACAGAAGAAGAAGGUAAUGAUGUUGCCUUCGGCUGAUCAGAAGAAGAAGGCCCUUCACUCGAUUUUAGCAUCCAGGCUCAGCAACUUGAAGAUCCCAUCUUGUUCUACUUCUUCACCGGCUGAUUCGGACCUUGAUUUCUCCGAACUUUUUGGCCCGGUUGCUUCUUCGCCAUCUCCUUCUGCCCUGUUUCUUGGUGACCCACAAGUCAUUCAUAACCGGUCACACUCUUUUGUGGGUCCUUCUCCUCGAUUCACCCUCUCAAAGUCCCUUCCUUUUCAGGAAGAACUUGUUUCUGAGAGUGAUGAUGAGGACGAAAAUGAAGUUGUGGAGGUCAGUGCGAGCCCUCGGGAUAAGGAGGUGGAGGAGGUGGAUGUUGGGUUGGGAGUGAAGAACAUUGCUGAAGUUAAAAAGAUUGGACCUGGGGAUUUUGAAAUUCUGAGGGUUAUUGGAAAGGGUGGAUUUGGUAAGGUUUUUCAGGUGAGAAAGUUGGGCUUGAAUGGAAUGUUGAAUGAUGGUGAUGGCAUUUUCGCAAUGAAGGUGAUGAGAAAAGAUACCAUUAUAAAGAAUAAUCACGUGGAUUACAUGAAAGCAGAGAGGGAUAUUCUCACAAAAGUAGUUCAUCCCUUCAUUGUUCAGCUUAGAUAUUCUUUUCAGACAAAAUCUAAGCUUUACUUAAUCCUGGAUUUCAUAAAUGGUGGACAUCUUUUCUAUCAUCUUUACAGACAAGGGAUAUUCAGUGAGGAUCAGGCAAUGGUUUAUACUGCUGAGAUAGUAUCUGCUGUUUCACAUCUUCACAAGUGCGGCAUUGUGCAUCGAGAUCUUAAACCUGAAAACAUUCUCAUGGAUUCUGAUGGGCAUGUUAUGCUUACUGAUUUUGGACUGGCCAAGGAAAUUGAUGAAUCAAGUAGAUCAAAUUCCAUGUGCGGGACAACAGAAUACAUGGCUCCGGAAAUCUUGCUGCGGAAAGGCCACAAUAAAGAAGCAGAUUGGUGGAGUGUAGGAAUUCUUUUGUUUGAAAUGCUUACUGGAAAGGUAUUAUUUCUGGAACAUCUACUUGCAUAUGUAUCGCUGUUGCAAUUCUUUACGUUUGAGUGUCUCAAGUUUUGCUUUAUAUAUGUCGUAGAAAUAACAAAAGGAAAUUGGAACUUCGUGUGAGAACUUUUUACUUGUUAAAGAGGGCCUCGUGUUCUGGUGCAAACUGAUGAAUCUCUUAACUUGUGUGGUUGAGAAAUUAUUUCACCACAGUAAUUUGUUCUAUUUCUUCAGAUGUGAGAACUAGAAAGAUUUGAGAUAUUUAGUAAGAGUUUUUGUUUUAUUUGUAAUCAGUUUUACAGUCUUGGCCCUCUGAUGUUGUCCAUCGUUGUUGUUCUAAUCUAGUAAAGGGCUAAGGGUCUUGUCAGGUGUUUCUUCGGUAUUUGAAUUGUCCAUGAUUACUGACUAAAGAAAUGACAUGUAUCAUGUAUCUGUGUUAUGCUAUAUCCUACCAAAGCCCCAAUGUGGCGGUGGCAUAUUGUGAUCUACAGUUUUGGUAUCAUCUCAUCCACUUCAGUCCUGUAUCCUUCGAAGCAAGAUCUUCAACAAAAGUGACAGUGAUUUCAUCUAAUACCCUCACGUAGUGAAUGAAUGAAUGAAGUUUAAUCUCUUUCCAGGGAUCAGAUAUAGUCGUCUCGACAAUAUCAACACUACAUUCCAACUGCUGUAGAAUACUUCACUCAUUGUAAACUCUUUCUGAGUUUGCGAUUAUAUUGUCAGAUAUUCGUCUUGAUUAUAUAAAGUGACAAGCUGUUCAAAACAUUCUGUGUAAUACGGAAGCACUGUGUUUCUUUUCAGCCACCAUAUUUUCAUUCCAAUAGGAAGAAGCUUCAAGAGAAAAUCAUCAGUGAAAGAUUGAAACUUCCACCUCGUCUGAGUGGUGAAGCCCAUUCCCUGCUUAAAGGAGUAUGUUCAAAGCUCUCUUCUUUCAUAUCGCUUGUUUUUUGUGGUUAUUUGUAACAUUAGGUAUCUUACAUACUGCUGCCACCUUGAUGACUUGUAUGUGCUACAGUUGCUAAAUAAAGACCCAUCCAAAAGAUUGGGCAGUGGGCCGAAGGGAGGAGACGAAAUCAAGGCUCACAAAUGGUUUCGGUCAAUCAACUGGAAGAAAUUAGAGGCCCGAGAACUUCAGCCUAAGUUCAAGCCAGAUGUUACUGGCACAGACUGCACUGCAAACUUUGAUAAGUGCUGGACUACGAUGCCUCCAGAUGAUUCGCCAGCAGCCACACCAACCUCAGGCGAGUUUUUCCAAGGGUAUACUUAUGUUGCACCUAAUCCAUGGCUCUCCUCUUCUCAAUGAAAUAUUUGUCCUGAAAUAGCAUUGCCUUUUAAAAUAGUAAUCUAUUAAUGUCUACCUCUGUAGUCUCGGUGCUAUUGAUAGUUUGUCAACUGUAAUUGAUUUGCUAUGACAGUAGUUUAAUGAUGUGACGAUUCAAGUGUAGAAAAGGCUUUAUCGAAAAAGGGUCACAGAAUUUCAAUCUUGUGCAUUAGAAUGAAUGAAGAAAAUUUCUCAGCUGUAAUUGAUUUGCUGUGACAGUAGUUUGAUGAUGUGACUAUUCAAGUGUAAAAAAGACUUUAUAGGUAAAGGUUCACAGAAUUCAAUCUUGUGCAUUAGAACGAAAGAAGGAAAUUUCUACACAGAUUUUGCUACGCAUCAUGGAUUGUGCUACAAAAUUUUAAUGCUACAGAUGCGUAUAGUGAAUUUGAUAGCAUUCAGGUUUAUAAUUUUAUUUUACUGCGAAAUUAGAAGCUUCGGGUUAAAUAGCAUUUCUCCAAUGCCUUAUUGCCAUGUUCGAGAAGUCUCCAUCUUCAUUUGUACUCUCUUUGGCUGGAUAGUAGCAUCAUAUAUUCUUCAUAUAUACUUUCUUCGGUUGGAUAGUAGCAUCUUAAUACCGUGGCGAACUUCCCGGUAGUGCAGCUGUUACCCUUUCCAUAGCCGGAGGUGAACGUCCCUCGCACGAUCUUGUUGACAUGUUUGCUUGACUGUAUAAAUUGAACUGGGUGUUUCAAGGUGGAAGUAGCGAGUGCCUCCUUGAAGAUUGGUAAUGGUUGUUCUUUGGGGUAGAUGAACCCUUGAUUUCAGUAAUAGAAAGUUUUGUAAGAUAUUAGAAGGCUUUGCUACUUAGGAUCGAGAGAAUAGAAUUGUACAAUCUGUUCUUGAUGAAGUACUUUAACGGCUGAAAGCAAACGUAAGUCUCUGCAAUAAUAGAAAUGAUAUGACAAGGACAUAUAAGAAUUCUAUUGGAAAAAGAAAGAGUGAAAUGCAGCAUAAAAGUAUUGCAUUUGGUCACUACAUCAAUUUAUGUCCAACGAGAUCAUCAUGGUGAUGAAUAGAGGACAAACGAGGUCAUUUUGCAAGAUAGUGGUAGUGAUGAUGAAGUCGUCGUUGGUGAGUAUGAGGAAUUGAUGGAUGGAAAAACUUCUGUGAAUGGCAUCCAAGAUGGGUUAGCCGGAGAAAAUUCUAUAAAUGGUGCAGAUCAAACUGAAAAAGGCAGAUGCUUCUG